CAUCCCCUUAUCUACGAGUUGUUCGCAUCACCACGAUAGCGAUCCUACAUUUGCUGUCUUUGUUCCGAUAGCCUGCUGCCGGCGUCAUGGAAUCUAUUCUAGGGGUCGCGCCCCCAACGCUGCAGCCCCAGUCGCCUUUUCUCAGACUCCCUGCGGAGCUUCGAGUCGAGAUCCUGCAAUACGCCCUCCACUCUCACGACGCCUGCUCAGCCAAACACAAGGAUGGAAUGCCGAUAGUGAUUCUGCGUCGUGGAUUCUACUUUGACUCGGCUCGCAACGAAUUACUUGAUUGGUUUGGUCUUCGACCUUGGGAGAAACUGAGCAGCAAAAUCUCAGACCUACUCUGCAUCUCCCGCCAGGUCUUCCUAGAAAUGGAAGAAAUCAUCUACCGAAAUGCCGUGUUUUCUUACGCGACCCUGUGGUUAUGGAAGCAUACCGAGCUCCUCCAAUGGGCGGAUUCGCUGCGUCCGAGAAAUCUCCGUCGAGUCAGAUACGUCAGACGGCACUAUAUCAUCCAAACCCUGCCUGACUCUACGGCCCAGAAGAACCUACUGUCCAAGUGCGGGGAAGAGAUAGCACAGCUUGAAGACGCCUUUCCUCAGCUGAGGCAGGUUGAUAUCUAUCUCGACUUUGUCGACUUUGGGAUUGAAGGCCGGUGGCCUCGUAUUACUCCUACUAUCGCUGUCAAAUUGCGGGAUGAUAUCAUGGCCGUCAAGUCACGAGCAAAGAUAUCUGCCUCACUUCCAGAGUCAAUGGGAUAGCCAUGCGGCGAUGUUAAUUCACCCAAGAGCCCAGAUACCAGCGGGUCGCGUCACUAAACCCACUGUAUGCAACCAUGCAAGCCAUUCUAC